GUCCAAACUUUUGACGGGCCAAGAACACAGUGAUCCGAUAAGAACCUUUACAAAAUGCUAGCCUGCAAGCUUCUUCUCGCGUUGGUCAUGGGAAUGCACUGCAUUCAAUUGUUGAUGGCGGCCUGCGUGUGCGCCGAAAAGGGAACGGACUACUGCCAAAGCUGCCAGGGAUCCACGGUAAUCCGGCCGAAGCCCCGAUACUACGAGCCCAGUGACGUGAACCUGCCGCCGAUCGGAGACAACUGCUGGUGCCGCAAGCAGCUGAUCGAACCGGCCCAACUGCCCAAGACCUGCGGAAAAACCACGCCGUGCAAGCCCACCUGUUCGUGCCAGAAGAUCAGCUCCGACAGCAGCUACGCCUCCUCUUCCAGCUCAGGAUCCGUCUACGGAAAAAUCGACUAUGCCGCAGAGAAGACAGUGGACAACAGUCCAGCUGCGGAUCCCAUCAGCGUGAGUCUGGCCGCCCAGGCUGGAAAGGCCAUCAAUGUGCCGGAGGCGAAGUUGGCCUACGGAUUUGCCCAGAAGCCCGUCGACGGUGAGAAGAAGGUGGUGUUCUCCAACGUGCCCGAGGAGAAUCUCUUCAAGCUGAAGAGCGACGUGAUCACGCUGAAGAAGCGCACCUACGCGAACAAGCAGGAGGACGAGGAGGAGUACGCCGAGGAGGAGCAGGAGCAGGAACAGUCAUCCGAUGAUGAGGAGGCGCCGCAACUCACCUACAAACAGCUCGGCUACAUCACCGAGCAGUACAAGAACCCCAAGUUCAGGAAGAUCAGCCGCUCCAGAUCCAGUUAUGCGUACAAGGACUACAAGGAUUCAAGCGAAAGCGGCUACGGCAAAGUGGCCGGCAAGGUGUCCGUGGACUGUGGCUUCAAGCCCGGCCGGAUUACCUCGUACCGGAAGUCCAAACGAGAGGAGUCCGACGACGGGUACUACUAAAUCAAACCCAUCCCAUCCGAUCCAAUUCCAAUCCUUCCGUUUGUAAAUAUGUAUAUACGCCAAGGAGAGAAUGGAUGUUUGUCUAAGUUAGUCUUAAAAAAUAUAUACGUUUUUAAAAAAUUCA